CCCAGCCUCCUGCAUCUGUUCAGUCGCGACUCUCACCACAUAUACACGCGCCACCAGUCGAGGACCGCUACAGCUGGAAAGUAACUUGACACAAUAAAAAUGACAUAAAACUGAGGUUAUUGUUUUAUCAUUCUGGUCUUUGAAUAGCUUUCCUUUCUGUUUCUACGUGUGGAUACGUGUGGUCUGGAAUAUAGCCUACGGGAUGCUGUUUCACACAAGGAUUAAUGAACGAUAAAUGGUUCGGGUGCUCGCGCGGAUGGUUCCUGAAAAUGGAUACAGAUUUUAAGAAGCCUCCUCUUGCUCCUAAACCAAAACUUGUGAGUCACCUCACCUUCAAGCUGCCUUCCCCCCUCAUGUCCCGGCCCUGCUCCUUAGCUAGGGGCCCCAAACCUCCCAUCGCCCCCAAACCAACAGUACCACAUGACCCUGAGGAGCGCGACUCCUCCCUGCUCUGCAACAAUGCCCAGGAGGGGUACACCAACGGGGACCUAAUUUCCUCAGACGAGGACCUGGACCAGGAGAACGAGCCAGAGGACUGUCUGAGUGGAGGGAAGGGGCUAGAGGAGGAGGAGCCAGUGGAACCUCAGUAUGACUCAUACUCUCUCAGUUCAGGGGCCAACGAUCCUGAGAAUGGUUAUGAAGAGCAGAGGGAACAGGAGGAGGAGGAAGACUGGAGGUUAACUGACAGCAUUCAAACAGAGGAGGUGGAUUCUCUGGACACACUUGGGGUCAGUGAUGCUGGAUUCACAAUUUACUCAGUGGACUCGGUGGAGAUAAUCGACACAGACAUCGCUGAUGAGAUUGACGCAGAGGGCUGCUACGCGGGCGAGGCGCUGGCCGACACAGAUGGUGUCUCUAUCACCAGCAUUGAGGAGGAGGAGGCAGCAUGCUACCUCUGUGAAACUUGGCCUGGGAAAGAAAAGAAGGAGAAUGAGGAGGAAGAGCACCAAAUAGAGGAAGAAGAAGCAGAAGAAGAAGCAGCUGAUACCACAGCAGAUGCAGUAACAGAAUCUCUCUCUGAGGAACCCAUAGAUCUCCUCGUCAAAGACAACAUUGAGGAAGACCUUUUUACCCAAGAGCCUUCAUCCUUCAAGGAGGAGGAUGAGGGGGAAGUAGAGGAAUCCUCAUCUUACCCUGGUAGUCCUACCAAUGUCCUACAGGAGGACUUAGGAUAUGAUGUCAUUGGUCCCUCAGAGGAGAGAGCAGAAAGGUAUCAACCAUAUUCCAUAAUUGAUGAAGAGCCCAUGACUAUUCAGUACAGUAUGGAAGAGGGUGAGCGCCAACACAGCAAACAUAAAGCGAAACAACUUUUCAACACAGAGGAGGAAGCAGUUGACCCUAGCCUCGAACCCUACUACAUCUCAACUGAGGACAUUGUGGAUCCAGAGCAGAGCCCUGCAGAGGGCAUAAGUGAUGGAUCAGCAGAGAGUGAGAUCACACCGGAAGAAUCUUCACUGGUCACAACAGAGACCACGGAGCCCAGUGAGUACGCAGCCAUAGGUGAUGAUGACUCGCUGUGUGAGGACAUGGGGCAUAUUGAGUGUGUCUCUUCUGAGGACUACGUCGAGAUAGGAGAUGACAAUGAUGACGAUGAUGACGACAGGGAGAACAUGACAGGUUCAUGUCAGAGAAGGAUGCCUGUAGUCCAGAGGGUGGAGGCUUUCUUGAACCAGAGUAACAACCAGCCCCGCUUCAGGUUGGUGUCCAUCUCAGUGCCAGGGGACACAGACACCUCCCAGGCCUCAUCGUUCUCUGACAGCAAGCUACUCUCCCCAGAUGACUCUGAUGUGUUCAGGGAUGAGGAGGACCUAGAGGGCCACAUCAUUCCCUACCUGGAUGAGACCACCGACACAGAAGGUAACCUUAGUGAUGAGCAUGUCUACGAAGAGGCAGGCCUGGACUCAGAGGGGGAGAAUUUCCUGCCUUUUGACAGAAAGUCCAUUGUGACCAGGUCCCGGUCGUUGUCAGGGAAAGUGUCUGGUUACGUGCCUGAUACGGUUCCUGAGGAGGCGGGCUCCGAGUUCCACCUUCAGAACUACUGCGAGGUGGAAUUGGACCGGAGCGGACCCGCGCUGAGCAGCAGUCCCAUGUUAAACUCAACCCGGGCCAAGAGCUCAUCCAAACAACAUCGCUUUCUCCUGUACCCCCGCUCCUUCUCCAUGGAGGGACGGGACCUGCCCCUGUGUGUGUACAGGGAGGGCCAGGGUUCCCCGGGGGAGAGGAGGGAGGACAGCCUCUCCCUGCCCUGUGUCAUGGGUUCUUCUGGAAGCUUCUCCCAGCAAAGUCCCCUGCCCUCCAGCGGCCUGUCCACCCCUACUUCGAUGGUGGACAUCCCUCCUCCCUUUGAGCUAGCAUACAUCACCAAGAAGCCCAUCACCAAGAGCUCUCCAUCCCUGUUCAUCGAGGGGGACUCCCCAGACAGGCAGAAGAAGAAGAAGUCCUCCUUCAAGCGCUUCCUGAUGCUGAAGUUCAGGAGGAAGACGGAGAGCAAGCUGCUGGUGGACGUCAAUGUGUCCUCCUCCAGGUCCUCCCCUGAGUCCAGCCACCACGGCCCCGCCAGGGUCCUUGAUUUAGACAGGCGCAGCACAGGCAGCUCCCCGCAACUCAAGUCCCGGAUGGUCAGUAAGCCCCAGCGCUCUCCGGACUCCCCCUCCACCUUCCUGUUCUAUAAGGAUGGGAAGAGAAAAGGGGGUUCCGUGGCCUUCCUCAACCGCAGUGUGGCCCGGGUGGAGUCCUUUGAGGACCGCUCCCGCGCCCCCUACACCCCCCUCCCCCUGACCAAGCCCCGCUCCAUCUCCUUUCCCAACACUGACAUGUCAGACUACGAGAAUAUCCCUGCCCAGACCCUCAGCUCCGACUAUGAGAACAUCCAGAUCCCUUCCCGGAGGCCUGUACGACCGGGGACCUUUGCAGAGUUCUUUGACCAUACGAGUCGGGUGCUGUCCUCUGCCAAUGACACUGAUGGUUACGUGGAUAUGAGUAGCUUCCCUGGGUUUGAGAGAAAAGCUCAGUCACCUGAGCAAGAGCCUGAAAGUGCCUAUACAGAAGCCUACACCGUGUGCGCCAUAGCUGUUGGUUCACCUGGCGGGUCAGGGGUUGAGGCGGGGGGCGGGACAGCGGAGGAGGAGGACCAAGAACAAACCUCUGAGGAGGAGGAGGGAGGAGCAGAUAACACAUAUGACAGACGGACCGACGGUCGAUCCAGAGCCUUCUACAUUGCCAAAGAGCUGGUGGACACUGAGAGAUUACAUGUGAAAGCCCUCAAGCUUCUCCAAGAGGACUUCAGGGAGGCGGUGGGGGCUGCAGUAGGGGAUGAGGGGGAUCCUGUGCUGGAGGAGGAGAGGCUGAGAGAGAUCCUCAAUGAGCUGCCCGAUGUUUACACUCUGCACCGCAGAAUCCUCACCGAGUUAGAGAAUCGCAUCCGACAGUGGGAGGAGAGCCAGAGGAUUGCGGAUGUCAUCCUAUCCAGGAAGUCAGAGUUUGUGGUCUUUACGACUUACAUCGGUCACUACGACCGUAGCAUGAGCCUGCUGGACGAAAGCUGCCGUACCUCGCCCACCUUCUCGGCAAUCGUCCGCCAGUAUGAGCAGCAGAGUCCGGCAGGAGACAAUGUCUCUCUCAAACACCAGCUUCUGCAGGUCAUCGUACGGGUGGCUCAAUACUGCAUGCUCCUCAACGAUUACCUGAACAACCUCUCCCCAGACUCUAAAGAAUACGAAGAUACACAAGCCGCACUGGUGAUAGUAUCAGACGUUGCGGAUCAAGCCAAUGACAGUUUGAAACAUGGGGAGAACCUGCUGCGUCUGGUCAACAUAGAGUACAGUGUUCGAGGCCAGAGGGAUCUGCUCCAGCCUGGCAGGGUGUUUGUGAAGGAGGGCACUCUGAUGAAGGUCAGCAGGAAGUUCAGACAGCCACGCCACCUGUUUCUGAUGAAUGAUUUGCUGCUGUACACCUACCCUCAGCAAGACGGGAAAUACAGACUGAAAAACACCCUAAUACUGACUGGGAUGAAGGUCAGUAAACCCAUCAUAGAGGAUGUGCAGAACGCUCUGAGGAUCGAGGGAGCAGACAUCUCCAUCACCUUGGCAGCCAGCUCCUGUAGUGAGAGAGAGGACUGGUUCCACACUCUGAGUCGGACAGUGUCUGACCACGCCAGAGGACCUGGAACUUUCAGCGGCUGUUCUGGAGAGGCCAGAGAGCGUCUGUGGCUGUCCCUGGGGGAGAAGGCUCCUACUCUGGUGCCUGUAUCCCAUGUGAUGAUGUGUAUGAACUGUACCUCAGACUUCAGCAUCACACUGCGCAGACACCACUGCCACGCCUGCGGGAGGAUUGUGUGUCGGAGCUGCUCCAGGAACAGAUACCCUCUGAAGUACCUGAAGGACCACAUGGCCAAAGUGUGUGACCACUGUUACAGCGAGCUCAAGAAGAGAGGAGGAGAUGUGUCUGGGGCGAGUGGUACUGACAGUCCUCGUUCUAACCGCCGCUCCAGCCGCCCAAUCUCUGCCGUCUUCCAGAACAUUCACCCUCCCAGCCUGUGGAGACACCGCAAGGGCACCGCAUCUCUGAGCCAGGUGAGUGUGUCAGAGGAGGCCUCUAUGAGCGGGACUCAACAGCGCAGUAAGAGGAGCAAGAGGAACUGGAAGAGGCUGUGGUUCCAACUCAAAGACAAGGUGCUUUACACCUACCAGGCCCGCGAGGAGAAGGUGGCAUCUGAGAGUUUGCCUCUCUUGGGCUUCACAGUGAAGCUGCCUGACAGGCCAGGUGGAGAGGAGACAACCAACGUCUUUGAGCUGUACCACAAGAAGUCCCUGUACUACACCUUUAAGGCCGAGAACAACCACACUGCUGAGAGAUGGGUGAAUGCCAUGGAGGAAGCCACAGUUUUAUAGCAGUGGCCAUCUUGGGUGGUUUGUUGAUACUGUGGUUGCGUUCCCCUGCUCAGACGUUGCAUGUAUCAACCAAUGAUUGCGUGCCACGUCAUCAACUGUGUCAUCGACUGACAGAUUACUUUAACAUAUGAUGUGGUUAGCUGAUACAUAAAAUACCUAUCCAGGCGUUAUAAGAUCUGGCAGGCGUCAGCAACGCCUGGACAGAGGAACACACCCUAUAUCUCACCUUUCAGACUUACCCUGGAGUCCUCGCUGCCACUCUCCUACUACACAUAGCCGUCCCUCAGAAUGCCUGAAUGUAAAACAAAAAGGGAAGAAGAGGAAGAAGGAUGAAUAUGUUCACUUUGCCUUUAGUCAGCUGUGACGGUUGUGUCUUACUGUGUGGACUGGGAGAGGAGAGAACAAGACAUGGUGUUCUUAAAGGAGGGGACACGCUCACCUACUUUGUCAUCUUCCAACGUCCCCAUCCCGCUGCUACAGCAGGUGUGAUGCCUAGAGCCAAGAGAGAAGCUGUCCCAGAUACGUACCCUUCUGGAAAAUUCCACCAAGGCUACCUAUGACUCUCCCUCCAGUUUUUCAUGGCAUUAACCACUCUGGAUUACUUAUACAAAUGGAAUGAAAAUUACAUUCACAUUUUUUUGGGAUAUUUUAUUUUAUUUUAAGAACACUGUAAAAACAAUGUAGUUGUUUCAACUAGUUAUUAUUAAAUAACAGUUUCCACAGACUUUUCGGGCAGAGUGUUACCUGAACCCACAUUUUUUUGGGGCACAAACUUGAUUACAUUUUGCAUGUUCAUUUAUAUAGGAAUUCAUAUAAAAUAAAAUAACAUUUUAUUGGUCACAUACACAUGGUUAGCAGAUGUUAAUGCGAGUGUAGCGAAAUGCUUGUGCUUCUAGUUCCAACAGUGCAGUAAUAUCUAACAAGUAAUCUAACAAUUCCCAACAACUACCUAAUACACACAAAUCUAACAAGUAAUCUAACAAUUCCCCAACAACUACCUAAUACACACAAAUCUAAAGGGGUGAAUGAGAAUAUGUACAUAUAAGUAUAU